AUGGUGAGGGAUCAAAAGGUUUAUGCGUUCGACGAAACGGAGAGAACGUUUUACUACUCACCGAGGGAACGAGGGAAGGUGAAUGGGGAACAGGGAAUCGUGGACAACAUCGGAGUUAUAUGUUGGUGCGAGGCGGGUGAGUUGGAUUUGCGAGAAACAGAGAGGGUGAUGAAUGUAGAGGUGGUCAGGGGUUUCACUUUUAGAUCUCUCUACGAGAAUCUCUUUCGUUCCAGACUUGUCCACUAUGGUGAACAGAUUAUUGAUCGUUGGGAAGAAAAGAGGAUCAUGGAUGGUCGACCCCCGUUUAAGAUGGACAAAUGUUGGAGAAGGCUCAGGUUCCAAGGUUUAGUUCCAGGUGCCAGAAUGUGCGGCUCCGGUGGGAAGAUUGUGCUUUUCUGGGACGCCUCCGACGAGUCGGGAUAUCUUCAUAUUUGGUGUACGGAGAUUUCAUUGGAGAGACUCCGAGGAGGACGCCAGAUUUGGGGCUACAUUGAACGGUCUAGUAUUGUCAUGCCUGCCGUUGAACGUUUUAAAUCCCACAAGAAGGUUUUGCAUUCUCUUUCUGUCACUCUCUGA